CUCAGUGGAGAGCAGAAUUGCGCGCACUUGGGGAAGACGCGCCACUUAGAGUGCAAGAAUUGCGCUAAAAGAAGACACUCCACAGAUCAGCACUGGUGGGAUGUCAUCUCUGGAUUAUCACUCUUAACGCCAUGUCCGGCAUAAAAAUGUCCCGAUUACAUUUGUGAAGUCGCUGAGCGCGCUUUAUCGUCUGCCAUAAGACAAGUUCACACUUGUGGAGCGCGAUGGAAACCAAAAGAACUCAUGGCACCGUUUAUAUUGCGUGCUGAUGUAAGUCACCGGCGCGUCUUUUACUGUAGGCUGUCCACAUUCAGGCGCCGGGCGGAGAGGAUGCGCGCACCAUGAGCGGACCAAACGGCACGGCGGAGCCCAAUACAACUACACCUCCAACACCUCCACACACGGAGGCUGCGGCGGCCUUCAUCAUCCUCGUGGCGUCGCUGCUCAUCCUGGUUACCAUCGUUGGGAACGCGCUGGUCAUCGUAGCCGUGCUGACGAGCCGUGCGUUGCGCGCCCCCCAAAACCUCUUUCUGGUGUCUCUGGCCUCGGCGGACAUCCUGGUAGCGGCUCUUGUCAUCCCGUUCUCGCUCGCCAACGAGGUGAUGGGGUACUGGCGCUUCGGCAGCGCGUGGUGCGCGCUGUACCUGGCGCUGGACGUGCUUUUCUGCACGUCUUCCAUCGUACACCUGUGCGCAAUCAGCCUGGAUCGCUACUGGUCGGUGACAAAGGCGGUGAGCUACAACGCCAAGCGCACGCCGUCGCGCGUUAAAUUCACGAUCGCGGUAGUGUGGGCGAUCUCCGCGGUCAUCUCCUUCCCGCCACUGAUCAUGACCGAGUCGGACGAGCACAGCGAACGGAAAUGUAACAUUAACGAGGAACCGUGGUACAUCCUGUCGUCGGCCAUCGUGUCCUUCUUUGCGCCCGCGCUCAUCAUGAUCGCCGUCUACCGCAAGAUCUACCGCGUGGCCAAACAGCGCUCGUCAGCCGUCUUCGCAGAGAAAAACGGUGGCCCGAGGCCGCGCGUAUCACCUUCCAAGACGUGCAUGGCGCGCGAUGCCAAACCUGAAGCGGAGAGCCCGAGCAGCCUGAGCUCCGGGAGCAACCGGCAGCAGGAAGAACGGCGAAGAAACGACCACGACGAUGACGACGACGACGAAGAGGAACUCGACGACAUCGAUCUGGAGGAGAGUUACGCAUGGGACAGUCAGCCUAAAAAAAGCGGCGGCGCGCGCUUCGCCAAGCGCAAGAAAGAGGAAAGUCGAGGGGAGAGAACCUGCUGCCGUACCACCCCGUGGGUCUCGAAACGAUCCCGCACCGUGCCGCGCGUCUCCAGGCCGCUCAAAGUCGUGAGGCCGAACGCGCGGAAAACCAUUGCGGCGCAAAUGCGCGAGAGGCGCUUCACCUUCGUCCUCGCGGUGGUGAUGGGAGUGUUCGUGCUUUGCUGGUUCCCGUUUUUCUUCACGUACAGCUUGCAGGCGGUGUGUAAUCAGUGCCGUGCGCCAGAAGGCCUUUUCAAGCUCUUCUUCUGGAUCGGUUACUGUAACAGCUCCGUUAACCCCAUCAUUUAUACAAUAUUUAACCGGGACUUCAGGAAGGCGUUUAAGAAAAUCAUGUGCGCGUCUGCAACUCAGCGCGUCUGAAGAGGAGUUUUACUGGGAACUUUGGCCUCUGAACUUCAUGGACAAGUUUAUUUAAAAGCCGGGUUGCCAGAUUGUAGUCUUUAUUUCAAUACAUAAGUUUAAUGACCCACUGUGUUGAAACUUCAAGGUUCACCAGAUCAGGGAAUUAUUAUUAUUAUUAUUAUUAUUAUUAUUAUUAUUAUUAUUAUUAUUAUUGUGCAUCAUCAUCUAUGUUUCACACAGCACAAUGUGAUUCAAAUUAAGAGGUAAACAGGUAACCAUGUAAAUCUGGCAACAAUAUUUUAGUGAAGUGAUGUUUGUUCAUUAUAUUUGUACAUAGACUAUUUGAAAUGUUUAUAAUGUAAAAAAAAGAAAACAUUUAAAUGAUUAAAAUGAGCUAUAAACGUGCCACAUAUGUCCGUUUUGUCUUUGUAAUAAUGGACUUCAACAAAAUGCUCAAAAUCAGGAAUCAGCAUCAUGUUCUAUAAAUCAGGAAUCUGCUAAAUCUUUGUGUGUUAGGAAAAAAAAAACAAAAGUGAUGUUUAAAUUUUCACCAUUAAAUGAAUAGUACUGGUGAAUCUAAAUUAAUUUAUGGGGGAGGGGAAUCUCAGUUUGUGCAGUGCAUUAAAUUGCCAGCAACAGUAUAGAAUUCACCUUUAAAGCGUUUGUGUCCAGCUGGACUUAUAUAAAUAUUGUUGAUUACAGUGUUAAUUAGUUUAUUAAACAGAGUUGAUUUAGGAUUGUAGUUGUCAGUGUGACAUAGGUUUUUCUGCACCAUUGUGGCAUUUUGCUGUGCACCGAUUACACAAAAAGUAGUUCUGAUUAGAAGGAUCGGAUCCAAAGCAAGCCUGAGACAUGAAAUUGUAGUUUUGAUUCAUAAUUAAAUAACUACAUUAAUUAAAUUUUGUGUUCAUUAACAAGUGGGUUGUGAAUAUGCCAUGUUGUGGCACAUAACAUUCGUCAUUAAUUGUAUGUCCUUUAGCUUAUACAUAUAAAACUGAAAAUUGAUCCGUAGUAAUUUACUGUACAGUGAAUUCCUUCCAGUUAUGUUCAUUUACUCAGAUUAUCAUUUUGCUACAGUGACCAAGGGCUCAGUGGAGUCUUAGCUCCAAGGUCCCCAAGGGUGUACAAAUUACAUUUCCUCAUCUAACCAAAGCAGAAAUCUUGUCCUGGAGAAAAACAACACUGCACAGUUCAGUGCUAUAAACAAAUCUGAAACAACUCACAAAGGGCUUGCUAAUUACUUAACAAAUAAGUGCUAAACCAGGGAGAAUAUUUGCAUUCCUUAAGUGUUUGAGACAUUUUCUAUGUUUUGUCUCCUGUAUUCCAGAACAAUGACUGUGAUUCUUAAAGAGCAGAAUUUCUACUUUAAUAUUUACUAUAAAUAGCUAUUAAUAUCUAUACCUGGCGAUCCAUAUAAGUGUCAGUUUCCUUUUAUACUUUUCUCCUUGCUCAUUCAUAAAAUUCAUGUUUAGCACUUUGUUGCAAAUCCUUUGUAAUUUAUUACCUACAGACAUCAUCACAGGAAUAAGUAUUUCUUUGGUGAUUCCCUCCUGGACCUUUCUGCUUGUUUACAGGGUUUUUGCCUUCAAUCUUUUCUUGAGAUGCACUUUGAUUUGUAUACAAGUCAUGGCAUACCACUGAAAAGUGUACUGUUCUCCUGCAAGGUAAAGUGGCAGUGGGUUUCUGAGACAUGUCUUUAGAUUUUCUUAGUUACAGUGUUUCUGGAGUUUUCAGAAUUGAUCCUGCUGUUGUUGUUUUUUUCAUUCCAGAUUAAACCAUUUUUCAUAUAAAAGGUGGUAUAAGCUGUAAAUAAAACUACAAAUCUUUUAUAAAAGUGGCAGGUUCCAUCUUCUUUUCAUCUGUCCAUUAGACGACAUUGUAUUGGAGCUUGUUCUCACCCAUUAGUCCCUUUGACACAUCCAAAUCAAAUUUAUUUUCUAUUGAUCAGUUUCACACUGCACAGAUUUACCUCUUUCAGACGUACAGUAUGUGAAGCACCUGUGUAACUUGUGGACUGUGAGCAUGGGAAGCCAUGGCCGAAUGGUUAGAGAAGCAGCUUUGGGACCAAAAGGUUAGAUUCCCUGGAUCAGCAAGAAUAGCUGAAGUGCCCUUGAGCAAGGCACCUAACCCCCAGGCUGCUCUGGGUAUAUUGUAUGUUGCUCUGGAUAAGAGUGUCUGCUAAAUGCCUGUAAUGUCAUGCAAUGUUAUUAUUACGCCAGACAGACAACCAAGUAUUUCCUGUCAGUCAGAAAAUGCAAGACUUACACAAGUUUGU